AGAGAGAGAGAGAAAGAGAGAAAGAGAAAGAGAGAUUCUCUUUGAAGGAGACUACGCCACUGUGGAACGCUGCAUACCGAAGAAAAGAGAGAGAGAGAAAAACAGAGAGAGAGAGAGAGAGAGAGAGAGAGAGAGAGAAAGAGAGGGACAGAGAGUGGGAACUGAAGAGGGGAGGAGGUGGGGGGAAUAGAAAAGGUGCGAGCAAGUCGAAGGUAGGAACGUCGUAUGAGACCGACGAGGACAGACGAGACGUUAAGAACGUGUAAGAGGAAGAGAGACAGAGGUAGGCAAGAUUCAGAAUAGAGUGGGGACCCGUAAGAAGGCGGCCAUAAUGGCCUGACGCCGAUCUCAGCGAACAGCGGCUACAGCUGCUGCGAAAUAUCCAAGCGACUCUCUCUGCUUGCUUGCUUGCUUGCUUGAGUCCCGUCGGAGCACGCCUCUUAUUUUGCAACUACUUGAAUCCAUCGUUGUCGUCGUCUUUGGAAAGUGGCUGCGUAAUCGUGAGUGUAGUGCAACUCAGCACUUGGUAUACCUACAAUCUCUAUCUCUUUUGUGUAAGUGUCUGGUUAAGUUUGUUGUGUAUUAUUAAGAGAGAAAGAGAGAGAGAGAGAGAGAGAGAGAGAAAGAAAGAGAGAGAGAGAGAGAUUCCUUUCCUGAUCUUUUCUUAAGUAAUUGGAAGAAAAUGGCAGAGUGAUCCAGUGUUUCGUCUAAAUUUGUGGUGACUUGAAUACUCGAUUGAGGAGUGUUCUGGUCCAAUUACCUGCAAAAUUUCAUUGGUAUUAAAUUAUUAGAAAUAUUAAAAGAAUGCGGGGUGCUAAUCAAGAAACAGCUACACCGUACUGCCGGUGCAGAGUAUUGUACCUUGGUAGUUCGGUACCUCAUGCCAGUAAAGAAGGUUUGUUGGGUGUUCAAGAACCUUUGAGAGAAUUAUAUCCAGAACAAGGAGCGUUGGGUGCUCGUGGGAUUGACUCCUGGUUAAGUGUAUGGAGCAACGGUUUGCUGUUGGAGAACGUCGAUGAACAUCGCAAGAAGGUCACCAGGUUCUUUCCUAUUGAAGCACUUCACUAUUGUGCUGCUGUGAGACAUGUGAAGGGUGGUAACGGGGAUUCCUCAACGACAAGAUUUCUGCCUCUCGACUCGCCUUUCGCCAGGACGCCGAGCGCCAAUCAUCCGCCGCUCUUCGCGGCCGUCUUGAGAAGAACGACCGGUAUCAAGGUCCUCGAAUGUCAUGCGUUCAUUUGCAAGCGCGAUAUGGCGGCCAACGCCCUAGUGAGAUGUUGUUUCCAUGCUUAUGCUGAUAGCAGUUAUGCUAAGGGAUUAGAACCGUCAACAGGAACAACGAACGGAAUGACAACUGGCAAUCCGUCGAACAAUAGUCUCUAUCAUACUUUGGGUGGGUCUAGCACGACUCUGGACAAUCCACAGGCUAAUCGUUUGGAUGCUUCAUCGACGGACGAUCUUAGUCUUUACAAUGGUGAUGAGAAUCAUAAGGUUUGGGCUAGGGGUCGUGACGAGAUGGACGGUGUCUAUCAAGAACAAGGAACGUUGAGGAGUACUAAAGGUUCCAGACCACGGCAAUUGGUUGCACCACCUCCUCCACCACCACCACCACCUCCUCCACCUUCUCAACCUUUGCUGGUCGAGGAAUCUACUUCUUCUGCUACCAGGAGAAAAACUAAUAAAAAAUUGAAGAAGUUGAAGACUCGAGCGUUGCACGAAGACGCGAUACAACAGCAGCAUCAUCAGGUACAUCAAGGGAUAUAUACCAAUGGCCACGGUCAUCAUACUCUUGGACAUCCAAUUAGACAACAACAUUAUCAUCCACAUCCAUUACCACCUAGUAGUCGAUCCGUUGCUGGAACUUUAGCUAGACCAGCACCUGUCUUACUGGUACCAGCCGCUACACUACCGAGAAAAGGACAUCAACAUCAUCCCAGAGGACUAAGACCGAUCCCAGCAGCAGCACCAAUUGUUCCAGUUUACGCUCCACUCCCAGUAGUUCCACCUCCUGUCGCAGCGGCCAUUUAUCCAAGCGGAACAUAUGGGACUGCCGGUAACAGAGGUAAAAGGCAUUCCGAAGUAGAAGGCUCUACUCUAGGUGCUUCUAGAAGAUUAGCAGCCUCCCACGCCGAUUUAACAUCAACCGAGCUUGGAAAAUCGGCUGAUAGUCCGGAAAACGAGUCACGAUUUGGUACAGGGAUUUACCGGCGGAAAGGUCACUUGAACGAACGGGCCUUUUCUUACAGCAUUCGCGCGGAACAUCGUAGCAGGAGUCACGGUAGUUUAGCUUCUUUGGGUUUCAGUGCGCAGAACGGUAACGCAUUGCCCAAAGAGGAGAAGAAGGAUCGAGAGAUAGCUCAACUGGUGGCAGGAUUAAAUUUAGAUGAAAGUCCAAAUGAUCGAGUUCAACCUGUACCAACUUCUAGAGCUGCACCAUAUUCUCAUCAUCAUCAUCAGCAACAGCAACAGCAACUACAUCAACAGCCACAACAACAUAUGCAACCUUUACCUAGGCCACGACCUCGUUAGGUACAUUUAGCUUACGUCAAACGUUUCACAUAUCUCUCAACGUCGACGUUCUUGUUUCUUGCGUUUAUUUUCGAUCGAGUUACGCUAUGGAUCAAGCUGCUAUUGGACCGAAGCAACAUUCUGCUUCGACGUGGGCGUCUUCUUUUGUGGCAUUCAAGCGGAACAGCUUAGCAGAGGUUAUCAUGCUGUCCCAAGUACACUAUUGCUACUGCUAGUCGAUCAAACUGAUUUCACAUUCGAUCAUUCGAGAUAGCCUGGAAAGAAAAUAAUACAGUAGUUAUCGGAAAGUGGACUGAUAAUACGAAUGACGUAACAAUCUUUAGACCCUAGGGAAACGAGCAAGGACUAAUUAGACGAGCCAGGAUUAAUUAUUAUCAAUUUUACAAAGAAGGUGGAUCAUUCUGUUGGUUCAAGCUCAAUAGAUGAAGACACGGAGCAUUUAAGAGCUACCCCCUAUCCCGUAACGUUUCCUUUGAGAAAAUGUCUCUGUUGUUUUACAGUGGUUACUAUAGUUAUCAUCGAAUAUCAAAUUAUUUCAUUACGUAUUGAUUUUACAUAUAUACAUACAUACAUACAUACGUAUGUAUUUAUGUAAUUUCAUUAUUAAAGAUACAUCUUAUUUCAAUUGUGUUAUUGUAUCUUUUUCUUUUCUUUUUUUUUUUUUUGCUUAUGCGAGGAGGACCAACAUCGUAAUCCUGUGCCAAAACUUUUUUUUUUUUUAAACAAAUGGUACAUCUGUUCCGUAAAUAAACAAAUAAAUAAAUAAAUAAAUAAAUAAAUAAAUAAAUAAAUAAAUAAAAUAGGAAACCGAGUGUGAUCAUGAGCUAACUUUUUUUAUUUAUCUAAUCGCAAGUGCCAGAGAAAGAGAGAGAGAGAGAGAGAGAGAGAGAGAGAGAGAGAGAGAGAGAGAGAGAGAGAGAGAGAAAAGAGAAAGAGAUAGGAUCAUUCUGUACUAAAUUAAAUAAUUAAAUAAAAAAAAGAAAAUAUGAAAUUCGCGAUUGUUUGUUUCGUACGAUCGUGUGAAAAAACAGAGAAAGGUAAAGAAGGAAUCACGCGUGAACGUGGAUCAUAAAUAUUUAUCGUACAACGUUAACAUAAAAAAGAAAGAGCGAGGGAGAGCGAGAGAGAGAGAGAGAGAGAGAGAGAGAAAGAGAAAGAAAGAGAGAGAGAAAGAAAGAAAGA